AUGAUCCCACUUCGAAGCAUCGCAUUGUCAUGUUUGGCUCUGGCCCCUGUGACUGUCUCGGCUGGCGCAUGCAAGCCCAGAUCCACCGAUCUUACAACGGCUGCCUCCUCCACUCUGGAGACCGCGUCGUCCUCCGAAGCCUUCCAAUCGACCUCGACCGAUCUCACAACCGCGAUCGCUUCCACAAUUGAGACAACCACAGAAGCAUCUACCAUCGAGACAACCUCCGAAGCCGCUACCACUACUUCCAGCGCCCCAUGCCCAAGCUACACCCAAAUCAUCCCGCCUCCCAGCGACAAAGUCUGCGGAAAAUCAGUCACCAGAGGAACUUUUGAGUCCUCGCCGCUCUACCUUACAUCUCAACUGUCAACAACUGGUCUCACUGGAUGCCCCAAAUACUGUGAAAAUACCCCGGGCUGUGUUUCUUUUUAUACCGAAGAUUAUGUACCUGGCCAAGGAGCGCCGACUUUCAAGAUCUGCUUCAUGUUUAAGGGAUAUGAGAAGGAUAUUCCCUUCGGCGAGGCACAGGGUGGAACGUCGGCGUACUAUGAACAGGGCUGCUUUGCUUGUGUUCGGGACGAGGCGCCUCAGCCGCCUAUCCCCAGUUAA